UGUGUGUGUGUGUGUGUGUGUGAGCACUGGGACUCCACCGCUCACAUAUGCGAGCGAGUUUUCGACACAUGCCUCACAUAUGAAGCGGCGAGCAGAGAAAGAGGACUGAUUUACACUGUUUGGAAUAAAACACGAGCAGGAGCGGACCUUCAGAGAGAAGAGACAGUGCAGAGAAGAAGGUUCCUGCCAUGCCCGGAUCCCCAGUGGAUGCAAAGAUUCAUUCCAGACCGACCGUCUCCGUCAUGCCACCGCUGCCCUCCGUCAACCCCAGCGGACCCCGUCCCGCAGCCUUCUCCACUACUGCAUUGACCAAUGGGAUCAAUCAUUCCCCGCCGAUGCUCAACGCCAUUCCCUCGCCUCCUCAGCGCUACAGCAACGGCCCUUCCUCAUCAUCCUCCUCUUCGCUGGCCAAUCAGCAGCUUCCAGCAACAUGCGGCGCUCGGCAGCUCAGCAAACUGAAGCGCUUCCUCACCACGCUGCAGCAGUUCGGCAAUGACAUCUCGCCCGAGAUCGGAGAGAGCGUCCGCAACCUGGUGCUGGCGCUGGUGAACUCCACCGUCACCAUUGAAGAGUUUCACUCCAGACUGCAGGAAGCCACAAACUUCCCUCUGAGGCCCUUCGUCAUACCGUUUCUGAAGGCCAACCUGCCUUUACUGCAGCGGGAGCUUCUGCACUGCGCUCGGGCCGCCAAACAGACCCCAGCGCAGUAUCUGUCCCAACAUGAGCAUCUUCUGCUCAGCACCACCGUCCCGUCACCAGCAGACUCCAGCGAACUCCUGCUCGAGCCCAGCGACAGCAAACGACACAGUCCCAACAGGAGUAAAGAGAAUGGUUUUCACGAUCGUCCUCCCGCCUCUCUGGAGCCUCCAGCCAAACGAAUCUGCACCAUAAGCCCCGCCCCCAGACACAGCCCCGCCCACCCGCUGCAGCUCCCCACCCAGAUCCACCCGACUCCACCCCCUCUGCAGCACUACGCCCUGGAGGACAUCAGCAGUGCUCAGCUGUACAGAGAACCACAGCGCAUCCUGGAGCUGAAGGAGCGCCCGCGACUUACAGGCAGUAACGGAGGCUACCGAGAGGAACCUGUAGACCACAGACUGACGGAGAGGGAGUGGGCUGAGGAAUGGAGACAUCUGGAUCAUGUGCUGAACUGUAUUGUGGAUAUGGUGGAGAAGACGAGGCGUUCGGUCAGUGUCCUGCGCCGCUGUCAGGAGUCCGACCGAGAGGAGCUCAAUUUCUGGCGGCGUCGCUCAAACCCACACGACGAGGGACGCAAAAACGGGAACACAUCCGCAAACAUCCCCUUCAGCAAAACACACAGCCCUCUGUCAGCAGAAGGAGUCAAUGCAGACUCUCCGAGGGACGUUCCCCUGCGCGCCUCCUCUGGAUACGUGCCUGAUGAGAUCUGGAGGAAAGCCGAGGAGGCAGUAAAUGAGGUGAAGCGUCAGGCGAUGGAUGAGGUUCAGAAAGCCGUGGCUGAAGCUGAACAGAAAGCCUUCGAGAUGAUCACAGCCGAGAGAGCAAAGAUGGAGAAAACCCUCGCUGAAGCCAAGAGGAAGGCCACCGAAGACGCCAUACAGGUCAUCAAUGAGCAGGAGGACUCCAGCGAGUGCUGCUGGAACUGUGGUCGUAAAGCGAGCGAGACGUGCAGCGGCUGUAACGCGGCCCGAUACUGCGGCUCCUUCUGUCAGCAUAAAGACUGGGAGCGACACCAUCUGAUCUGCAGCCCCGGCCUCCAGAACCAGCCCAAAACCAUGAGCCGCAGCCAAGCCAAAACCCCCAUCCCGAGCCCCAGCCUGGAGAAGAACAGCUCCAGAGCCUCCACACCGUCCACACCCGCGUCCGCAUCCACGCCGGACACCAGCGCACACUAAAACACAAGGAGAUAUAUCUGAAAGCAAACAAUAGCACACUAAACUGACGAUGGAUCAGACGGGAGAUGGAGUUUGCUCACUUUUCAGACGCUGUUUUAUUUGGUGCAAGAACUCCUGGAGAUUCAAUCUACCGCACAAAAAAAAAAAAAAUGUCAGUGUUUUGUGAGAGAUGUUGUUGUGUGUGUGUGUGUGUGUGUGUGUGUGUGUGAGGGAUUGUUUCUGUAAAUACAAUAUCAGAGCAAUAUAAAAAACAAAACAAAAGUGAUGGAUUCACCAAAGCUGUCGAUGCUGUGACAUGUUUAUCAUUACUAUAUGACAAUAAUAUCAGAGUUCAGAUGGACAAUGAGUGUGGUAACCAGUAUAGAAAUCUGAUACGUGGACAUAUACAGUAUAUACAUCGGCCACUUUAUUAGGUACAACUUACGAGUACCGGGUUGAAAUCACAGCAGAAAUGGAGACUCAUCAGACCAGGCAACGUUUCUCCAAUCUUCUAUUGUCCAGUUUUGGUGAGCCUGUGUGAAUUGUAGCCUCAGUUUCCUGUUCUUAGCUGACAGGAGCGGCACUCGGUGUGGUCUUCUGCUGCUGUAGCCCAUCCGCCUCAAGGUUGGACGUGUUGUGUGUUCAGAGAUGCUCUUCUGCAGACCUCAGUUGUAACGAGUGCUUAUUUGAGUUACUGUUGCCUUUCUAUCAGCUGGAACCAGUCUGGCCAUUCUCCUCUGACCUCUGGCAUCAACAAGGCAUUUGCGCCCACAGAACUGCCGCUCACUGGAUAUUUCCUCUUUGUCGGACCAUUCUCUGAAAAUCCUAGAGAUGGUUGUGCAUGAAAAUCCCAGUAGAUCAGCAGUUUCUGAAAUACUCAGACCAGCCCGUCUGGCACCAACAACCAUGCCACGUUCAAAGUGACUUAAAUCCCCUUUCUUCCCCAUUCUGAUGCUCAGUUUGAACUGCAGCAGAUCCUCCUGACCAUGUCUACAUGCCUAAAUGCAGUGAGCUGCUGCCAUGUGAUUGGCUGAUUAGAAAUCUGCGUUAACCAGCAGUUGGACAGGUGUACCUAAUAAAGUGGCCAGUGUGUGUAUAUUCUAAUUACAUAUAUUAUAUAUAACUUUAUGUUUGUAUUUAAUAUAUAAGUAUAUAAAUUAUAUGUAAAAUGCAACAUAUUUCUUCAAAUUAUUGCAGAAAAAUGGCUAUUUACAUAAUAAAUAUGUACUAUGAACUAUA